AUGCUGGGCUCAGGCGGGCCGACUCAAGCGGGCCCCGUGGCGUGAGCGGAGUAGAAAUGUAGCCCGGUCCAUGCGGCGUUUCCCUGGAUUGUGCAGAACUCUGGGUACGGCGGCCUCAAGACAGGACCUGGUCUUCGAGCUCUAGAGCUUCGUUGACGGGUCCUCAGCGCUCUGCGAGAAAAUUGGCGCAAACCCCGUGGAGAAUCUAGAAAGAGUAGAUCUAGCCAGCUGGUAACCAUGAGCGAAUGGAUGAAGAAAACCCCUGUAGAAUGGGAAGAUUACGUUUAUAAAGAAGUGAGAGUGAUAGCCUGUGAGAAGGAGUAUAAAGGAUGGCUUCUAACCAUAGACCCAGUCUCUGCCAACAUUGUCCUCGUAAACUUCCUUGAAGAUGGCAGGUUGUCUGUAACGGGAAUCAUGGGCCACUCUGUGCAGACUGUGGAAACCAUAAGUGAAGGGGACCACAGAGUAAGAGAGAAGCUGAUGCAUUUGUUUACAUCUGGAGACUGUAAAGGAUACAGCCCCGAGGAUCUGGAAGAGAAGAGGACCAGCCUAAAGAAAUGGCUGGAGAAGAACCACAUCCCCGUCACUGAACAGGGGGAUGCACAAAGGACUCUCUGUGUGGCUGGGGUUCUGACUAUAGACCCACCAUAUACUCCAGAAAAUUGCAGCAGCUCCAAUGAGAUCAUUCUGUCCCGAAUUCAGGAUCUUAUUCAAGGACAUCUUUCAGCUUCCCAGUGAGAGGCCAAGCACUGUGAACAUGCUGACUUGAGCGUUUGGUUUUGUAUUCAGUUCUUCGAAUGUAAGUUGAUUGUAUUACAAGACAUCAGGAGCACAUGAGGGUUAGAGGUGCGUGUGCGUAUUUUACGGUUUUGUUCAGGUCAGAUCAGGUGAGUGGAUGAUGAGUGCUGGGUUCCUUGGGAAUUGAAGAUACAAGAGCAGUACCCCCUGCACUGAAAAAACACAGGCAAGUCAGAUUAGAAAGGAGCUCUUCAUGUGUGUGAUUUAAGAUAAAUGCCCUUUUUGUGAGACAAGAAUGCAUUUUGAAUAGGUGUAACAAUGAAAUAAAUUUGCAAAUUUCACUAUAAGAUAUUAAAGUAGAAAUCAGUCUCAGGUUCCUUUGACU